UUCUUUCUUUCACAAGCGCCGUUGUCCAAGUCUUGCACGCAGCACGAUGGAGGACUUCUUCCACAACUCACACCCGUCACCAUUUCUCCGGUUCUCCUCCACCUCUUAUUCGCGACACGAGUGAGAAUUUCUUCCAAGAUUGAGAGCGAACACUAUUUAAAGCUCUCAAAGCUGGCUUUAGCACCAGAAAAGGUUUUAGGGUCGCGAAUCCAGGAUUUUGAUUUUGGAGAGACAUACCACCAUGGAUAUCCGGAGGAGAAGGGUCCAAUUUCUGCUUUUUGCCAUCGGAAUCAUCGCUCUCAGUAUCACAGCUGAAAAAUGCCGGGAACUGGUUGGAGAGCAAGCUGCAUCCAAGAGUGGGCAAUUCACGUUCUUGAACUGCUUCGACAUGAGUUCAGGGACUGUAGCCUGUGCGGUUAAGGAAGGCGUGAAACUAUAUUUCUAUAACAUAAGAUCCAUUCAUGUUGAGAAGGCACGUAACGAUGCAAUCGAGAAAGCCUUGAACGAGGUGUUGGCCCGUGGCAUUUCUGCACAAGAAGCUGCCAAAGAAGCUCAGAAAGCAGGUGCAAAGGCUGCAAAACUCGCUACCCGAAAGGCUAAACGGAUCAUAGGACCGAUAGUCGCGUCCGGUUGGGAUUUCUUUGAAGCGAUGUACUUUGGGGGGACGAUAACCGAGGGAUUUCUGCGGGGCUCGGGCACGUUGGUUGGUGCAUACGCAGGUGGGUUCGUGGGCGAACAGAGAUUCGGGAGAUUUGGAUAUCUUGUGGGCAGUCACGUGGGAAAUUGGAUCGGUGGUCGGGUUGGACUGAUGGUUUAUGAUGUUGUGAAUGGCUUACACUUCUUGCUCGAGGCUUUUCAAGCUGGAGAAACCACGGAAUCCACCCUUUACGAUAGAUCAGAAGCUUCUGAAGAAAUGGUUUACGACAACUCAGAAGCUUCCUCGGAAUCCACCCCUUCCUAUGAAACUCCGAGUGACGAGCUUUAGAAGCCUCGGGAACAUUCUGUAAUCGAGAAAAACCCUCGACUAUCCUCGAGUUCUUCAUCGAAACCCGUAAAAGAUCUGGCAGAUUUAUGACAACUCAACUCAGAAGCCUCUCAAGGCCAAUCUCUGAACUCAACUCAAAAGUUAUUUAGCUUUAGAACGACGUUUCUAGAGAGGUGAGAGGUCAUUGUUCUUGGUUUGUGGUUGUUAGGUUGUGGAGAUGCUUUUGAUUUAGCUGUAUAGAUUUAUAGGAUGAGCUUCUGACAAGACUCUUGUUUAAACUUGUAUUGGAUGCUCACAAAAGACCUAAAUCUUGAAAUUUGUUUUUUUUAAAC